AUUAGAUCGUGAAUAAUAGUCUCAAAGCAGAUUGAAAAUUCCCGAGACUGAAAAUUAUGGGAAGUAGUGCUGAGGAAUUUUGAGAUUUGUUGAAACUGCAAUAAUAUGGCUGAUUCUCCUGUUGCUGUUGUUACUGGGGGUGCCCAGGGUAUAGGAGCAGCUAUUUGUAUAGAACUCUUGAAAAACGGAUACCGAGUAUGUGUAGCUGACAUUCAAGAAGAGAAAGCCAAGGAAUUUGCGAAAUAUCAGCAGAGUAUUUAUGGGGAGGAAAACGUAAUAGCUGUAAGUUGUGAUGUAUCAAAAGAAUCCGAAUAUACAAAACUUUUUGAAGAGACUCUGAAACAUUUCAAGAAAGUUGAUGUCUUGGUAAACAAUGCCGGAAUCUUAUUAGAACAGCAACCUCGUAAAUGCAUUGAAGUUAAUUUGUUAGGACCUCUUGUUGGAUGCCAUACAGCUCUGAAAUAUAUCGGAAAAAGUAACGGAGGAAAUGGAGGCGUGGUAAUCAAUACUGCUUCUUUGGCAGGUUUCGUACCAAUUGCCGAAACGCCUGCAUAUGUUGCCUCGAAGCAUGGCGUAGUAGGAUUGACUCGCAGUUUUGGAAUGCCUUUCCACUACAAUAAAGAUGAAAUCACAUUUGCUGCUAUAUGCCCUCAUUUUGUUGAUACAGAUAUUUUGAAAUCGACAAAUAAAACUCUUGAUCCCACAUUUGAUUUCUCCAAACAUCCUGAUAAAAUAAGUCCUGAAUUUGUGGCGAAAGGAGUUUUAAAAAUCCUGGAAGACAAAAUCAAUGGGUCAACAUUACAUAUUGGUGCUGAUGGAUAUCACUAUGAAGAACUUGAAGAAAGAUUCAAGAUUCUGAUACCAUAAACGAAUGAAUUAUGACAAGAUAUGAUUUUAACGAAUAAAUAGAGGAGAAUAAAAAGAUAAAAAGAUAUUUUUAAAAUUCAAUAAAGAAUUCAAAUUUUUAA